UGUGUCAAUGAAGGCCAUGAAGAAGUGGUCAAGACAGAUACUUAAGGGCUUGGAUUAUCUCCAUACCCAUGAUCCUUGCGUCAUUCAUAGAGAUCUUAAUUGCAGUAACAUUUUCAUCAACGGAAACAUCGGAAAGGUCAAGAUUGGUGAUCUGGGCUUGGCAACAAUAGUAGGGAGGAGCCAUCAUGCUCAUUCGUUAAUAGGGACGCCCGAGUAUAUGGCACCAGAACUGUACGAGGAGGAUUACACAGAGUUAGUGGACAUAUACUCAUUUGGAAUGUGCAUGCUCGAAAUGGCUACCAUGGAGAUACCAUAUAGUGAGUGUGACAGUAUAGCCAAGAUAUACAAGAAUGUGACAGCCGGAGUGAAGCCUCAAGCCUUGAACAAAGUCAGUGAUCAAGAAUUGAAGGCCUUCAUUGAGAAGUGCAUUGGCCAGCCAAGGGAUAGACCCUCAGCCUCUGUUCUUCUCAAGGACCCAUUCCUUUCUGAGGUUGACUAUGAUGAUGAUGAUGACCAUAAAAGCUGAUGUCUCUGAAGGCAGCUGCAACUGCUGCUCAGCAACCAUGUUUACUGCAAUCUUUUAUUUUUUCCACAUGUACAUAGGCAUUGGUUAGUUUGAGUAUUUGUUGAAAAGGAAGUUUUUUGGAUUGAUGUUCAUUGAGCAGGCACUCAAUUCAAGUUAAAUGACGACAUCUUGAAUUGUCAUCUGUGACAUUCUUUUCAUGCUGGAAAGGGGCAAAGUGACAAUAUAUGUACGCCUAUGAGCUUCCAUUCAAUUAGUAGUAGCAUGUUUGUUAAUCACUA